AUGUCGCUUCACGAUCAAUAUCCGGCCUAUGGUGGUCGUGGGCCGGCGGACCUGCGUUUGGGUAUUACCCUCGCCAUCAUUGCUACCAUCUUCAUGGUUAUGCGGGUGUAUGUUCGCCUGCGCGUUAACAAAUUCGGUACAACCGCGUUGAUCUUGUCUCUCAUUGCUUGGCUUUUCACGGCCAUUACCCAAAUCUUCGGUAUCCUUUCAGCCCUGCACGGUCUAGGAAACCACAUCACAGUCAUUACGGAAGUCGGCGACCUUCAUAAAUUCCUUCUUUACACAUGGAUUACGGUCUUCUUCUUCAACCUGGCUAUUCCAACUGGUAAAGUGGCGGUGGCUGCAUUCCUUAUUGAGGUGAACGGACAGGGCAAUCCCAAGAUCCGCAAAAGUCUCAUCGCCGUGGCCGCUCUCAACAUCGUUGUCAAUAUCCCCCAAAUUCUCAUGGUCUGGUUCCAAUGCAAGCCAGUCAAUGCUCUCUGGGACCCUCUUCGUCAGGACCAGUGCAACCACGAGAAGAGCGUCUACUAUACCUACUUCGUCGGUGCGAUCGCCGCCCUAUCCGACUUCUACCUCGCCAUAAUCCCAAUCCAAAUGCUCGUGCCCUUGAAAAUCGACAAAAAGUUGAAGUGGGGUCUAGGCUUCCUCAUGGGCUGUGGCAUUGUCGCCGGAGUCGCCGCAAUCGUUCGCACCUGGGCCGCUAAGUUUAUUCUCGACGUCGAUUCAUCAUACGGCGUCGGCACUCUUUUCCUCUGGGGCGAAGUCGAAGAAUGGAUCGUCCUAAUCACAAUGUCCAUUCCGCCCGUCUGGCCAUUAUUCCGCCCCUUCACAACACGCUUCAUUAAAUCGAACUUAUCCCGCACACCCGGCCCCAGCAAUUACAAUUACAACUACCAGUACAAGAAUGCCGGCUACAGCACUACGGCCAUUGCAUCGCCCAUGUCUCCCAAUUUCCCGCCGCCGAUGGUCACGACCACGAUCUCUAUUUCGUCAGCGAAGGACGGGGCGACGACGGUCGUGCCCUCCGAGACUGGAUCGAGGAUCUCGGAUGAGCGCACUCCGCAUAAUAUUCUGGACAAGAGCGAUGCGAGGGGUGCUUGGGUUGAGAUGGGGGAAAUUCCGGACAAGUAUCGGAGGAAUCGCUCGCCUGCGCCUUGA